UCCGUUCUCCAACCAGGCAAACUGCACUGCAUGCAAGUUCAUCCUUUCCACCCCUCUCUUCUUCCUCCCUACUCCCAGAGAAGAGCUUCCAGCAAGCAGAGCUGCUCACACUGCCCUGUCUUCAGCCUCUGCACCAAGGAAGCAGGAUGCACCCUGGAUUCUGGCUGGCAGCCAGCGUCCUGGCAGCAGUGCUGGGCAUGGCCCUGCUGGAGGACGGAGUCUGUAGGGCACCAGAUGGCAAGAAUGGCUCCCCUGGAGUCCCUGGCCGGGAUGGGAGGCCAGGGCAGAAGGGUGACAUGGGAGAGCCAGGGAGAGCAGCACUGAGCUUGAGCAUCAAGGGAUCCAAAGGGGAUGCAGGCGAACCAGGGUAUCCUGGCCCACCAGGCAUGCGUGGCCCACCUGGCCGGCCAGGCCCUCCGGGGAUGCCAGGGCUGCCAGGGCCACCGGGGCAGAAAGGGCAAGCUGGCAAUGCUUUGGAGCACCCGCGUCCCGCUUUCUCCGCCUCCAGGCUGGCCCCGCCACGCGCAGGCACCACGGUGGUGUUCGACAGGAUCAUCACCAACGAGGAGAACUCCUACAACCCCCAGACCGGGAAGUUCACCUGCAGCAUUCCCGGGCUCUAUUACUUCAGCUUCCAGGUGGUGUCCAGCGGAGACCUGUGUCUGAGCAUCACCAAGAACGGGCAGGGCGUGGUCAGCUUCUGCGACAACAACAGCCGCGGCAUCCUGCAGGUGAACUCAGGCAGCAGCGUGCUCAGCCUGGCCAAGGGUGACCACGUGUCCCUGACCACCAACCCUGCCCAGGGCAGCUCCAUUUACAGCGGCUCCGAGGCUGACAGCGUCUUCAGCGGGUUCCUGGUGUCCCCAGAGACAAACAGCAAAAUGGAGAAGAGAUUCUGGGAGCAGCUCUAUCUGGCCCUCACCCUCCUCCUCCUGAAUGUGGGCUCUGCUGUGACUGUAGAGGACCCUCACAGCUGCUAUGGAGCUCCAGGCCUGCCAGGCAUGCCGGGUAUACCAGGCAGGGAUGGCCGGGAUGGACUGAAGGGAGCCAAAGGGGAGCCAGGUAUCCCAGCUUCUACAGAGCUAGGGCCCAAGGGCAUGAAAGGGUCACCAGGCCCCCCUGGCCCUCCAGGCAAGCCUGGCCCCCCUGGGGCCCCUGGUCCAAUGGGAAUCCCUGGGGUGGCAGGCCAUGCCGGCCCCCCGGGAAUGCCAGGCACCUCCAUGCAGAAGCUGCAGUCAGCAUUCUCAGUGACCAGGCAGACCAGCCAGUACCCCUUGAAGAACGUCCCCGUGGUUUUCAACAAUGUCAUCACCAACACCAACGACGACUACAACAUUGCCACGGGCAAGUUCACCUGCAGGCUCCCCGGGGUCUACUACUUCGUCUUCCACAGCUCCCACACAGCCAACCUCUGCGUCAUCCUGCACAAAAAUGAGAGGAGGAUGGCCAGCUUCUGCGACCACAAGACCAACGCGGUGCAGGUCAGCUCAGGGGGGACGCUGCUCCACCUGGCUGCUGCCGACGAGGUCUGGCUGGGAGUGAACGACUACAAUGGCAUGGUGGGCAUUGCCAACUCCGACAGCAUCUUCUCAGAUCCUUUCACAAUAGCCCUUGCAGGAAACUUCUGCUUCUCUUCUCGGGCAUUUCUGAGCAGGACACUGGGGUGUCCUGUUCCAUCUCCCCACCUGAUGAACAGGACGCUCAAGAUGUGGAUCAUGUGGGCUAUGCUGCUCUGCCUGGCUGGAGGGCAGCCUGCCAGUGCCACACUCUGCAGGACCUAUGGCACCAUCCCAGGCAUCCCAGGAUUACCAGGACAGCCUGGCAGCGAUGGCAGGGAUGGGGAGAACGGCCCAAAGGGUGAGCAAGGACCCUCUGGCCAGAGUGAAGAAUGGAGAGGGGAGUGGGGAGUCCCAGGAGCACCGGGACAGCCUGGGAAGGUCGGUCCCAUUGGCAUGCCAGGUAUAGAGGGCUUACCAGGUAUCGUGGGACCGCCUGGCCCUGUGGGAGAACCUGGUGACUACAAGGUCACCUUCAAGUCCGGGUUCUCGGCUGCCAGGAUCAUGAGCUCCUACCCGCGCCGGGAGCAGCCCAUCCGCUUCGAGCGCGUGCUCACCAACGAGCAGGGCCACUACGAGAACCGCUAUGGCCGCUUCACCUGCCGCGUGCCUGGCACCUACUACUUCACCUACCACGUCACCUCCCGCGGCAACCUGUGCCUCAACAUCAAAAAGGGCCAGGGUGGCAGCAGGGGCGAGAGGGUGGUCACCUUCUGUGACUACGUGCAUAACAGUUUCCAGGUCACCACGGGUGGCGUGGUCCUCAAGAUGGCCAUGAAUGAGUCUGUCUGGCUGGAACCAACAGAGAAGAACUCCUUGGUGGGGCUGGAAGGGUCUGACAGCAUCUUCUCUGGCUUCAUCAUCUUCCCUGAGGCUUAGCCCACUGGAGAUGUGUCUGUGGCCAAUCUCUGCAGUCCCUGCAGUGCUGAGGACUCCCCUGGAAACUCUUUGCUCCCAAACUGGUGCUUGAAGCACACUGCUGCCAUUCUUGCACAAUAAAUGACAGUUCUUUGCA